CGCUGCCAUGGCCGCACGGCUGCUCUGGCGGGAGUCGAGGCGGCUGCUGGCCGGGGCCAGGGCCGGGCUCAGGCUCAGCACCGCGCCGAGCCGCGAGAAGAAGCGGUGGCUGCGCGCCUACCUUGAGCAGCAGCGGCUGGAGGCGCCCCCUCAGCGGCGGUCGGAGAAGCCCAACUGGGAUUACCAUGCAGAGAUACAGGCUUUUAGCCACCGGCUGCAUGAAAACUUUUCUUUUGAUCUCCUCAAGACUGCAUUUGUUAAUUCUUGUUAUAUUGAAAGCGAAGAGGCAAAACGGCGAGAACUUGGGAUAGAGAAAGAAAUGGUUGCUCUUAAUCUACAAGACAAUAGCAAACUCGCUGAGCAAGGGAUGUCUUUUUCGCGCUCUUACCUGACGCAGUGUUUCGAAGGUGCCUACCCAGAUUUACCUGCAAAGGGGGUAGGAGCACUUGUUGAUUUUCUUACCAGUCAGGAACUUGUUUCUUAUGUGGCUCAAAACCUGUCUGUACAGGACCUGACACUUUGCAGAGAGUUUCCCGUCCCACCAGAUGUGCUACAGAGGACGUUCUUUGCUGUGAUAGGAGCCUUGCUCGACAGCAGCGGGCCUGAGAAAACGGGGAUCUUUGUCAGGGAUUUUUUCAUUCCCCAGCUGAUUGGAAAAGACCUGUUUGAGAUCUGGGAAGUUGUAAAUCCUAUGGGCUUACUAGUGGAAGAACUGACCAAGAGGAAUAUCUCUUCUCCAGAACCAAGAAUUACCAGGCAGUUGGGAGUCAGCACAGUUCUGCCACUGUACUUUGUUGGGUUGUACUGCGAUAAGAAGAUUAUAGCUGAAGGUCCUGGAGAAACGCUGCUUGCUGCAGAGGAAGAAGCUGCCCGCGUGGCACUGCGGAAGCUCUAUGGGUAUACAGAGAACAGGAGACCUUGGGAUUACUCAAAACCCACACAAGGGUUGGCAGCUGAGAAGGCUGUCAGCAGUAACUAGAUAAUAAAAGAUGUUUCUGGUUUCUCUUAAGAAUUAGUGUCUUCCAUGCUGAGUAUAGAUGUAUUUAGGAAAGCAAAAUGUCGUUUGGUUUUCUGAUCUUAAGUGCUUGAAAUUUUAAAAUCAAAUACGGUAUUAAAAUAAAAAGUCUUUUACUUUUGCACAAA